AGCGCGAGUCACAAUCUGCCCAGGGCGAGGGCAAGACGCAUGCGAGAACCCGGUUAAGGAGGCACGCGCUCCAGUCUCUCACCCAUGCCGAUUUUUAAGCGCGUUUAACGUCGCUUUGCAAAACACAGAAUUACAGAAGUGUUCUUUAAUUUAUAUGCGCGCAGGGGAACGUAAAAAGGGCUGAAUUCAGCAAGAGGCCGAAUCCAUUCACUGCAGCUGUUCUGAAGAGCCACAGAGUAAGUGUGUUGACAAGGACUCCGGGAGAGUGUGUGAAUACUCUCCACGACAAAACAACGACAGGGACGAAGAGGAUACAUUUCAAUCGCAUUUUUUUAUUGUGCUUAUUUUGGAAGAGAAAAUGAAUGCCGGGGAAGAGAACCUGCUGAAGUCCAUCAGCAACGACACUCUACUCGACCUGACGCAGCGUUACGGCCAGUCCGCAUUCGGCUUUGGACCUGGUCAGGUUACUGGAAGUUCUGGAGGGCGCUACCCUCUCACACCGGCCGCCGACUUCCUCCACGGUCAGACGGGCAAGUCCAACGAGAGCGGCGGGGAGCAGACCAGCGAUGACGACGACAGCUUUGACCCUCUGGACCCCCGGAAGAGGGGCUCGGGCUUCGACGAUGACAAACACGGGGGUCCCCUUUCUAAGAAGCCCAAGGAGCAGCGGUCUCUGCGCCUGAGCAUCAAUGCGCGCGAGAGGAGACGGAUGCACGACCUGAACGAUGCACUAGACGGCCUGCGCUCUGUGAUCCCGUAUGCGCACAGCCCGUCGGUGAGGAAACUCUCCAAAAUAGCCACUCUCCUCCUGGCCAAGAACUACAUCCUCAUGCAGGCUCAGGCUCUGGAGGAGAUGAGGCGGCUGGUGGCUUAUCUGAACCAGGGACAGAGCAUCAACUCGCCCAUCCCCACCGCCCUUGCACCCUUUGGACAGGCGGCCGUGUACCCCUUCACGGGCUCGGCACUCGCCACCCACGCCGAUAAAUACUCAGGGACAACUGCAAGUCUCUUCAAGCACCAUAACGACAAGCCUUGAUAUCGUUUCUCUGUAUAUACCUGAACUUCAUCCAAUUGCAUCCAUAUAUCGGUCUCUCUCUCCCACUUUCUAUAGUUAUUUGAAUACGUUGGAAAGGGACUAGGCCUACAGAAUAAAGUCUAAUGCGUAAAUCCUAAACUAUGUUUAAAUAACUGCUGCCAUGUUUCAUCCAGAUUGAACAAAAACAUGAAAAACAACACUGGCCUUUACUAAAGGCUAGAUUAAUGUUGGGGUUGGAGCAAAAAAAUUGCUGUUUAAAAAAUAUGGGAAAAAGUGUUUAUCUUUCCCUAUGCUCUCCUCAGAGUUAAAGGAAUUUGAUGAGUUGUUGUGGCCGUGACUUACCAUGUUUUAAUUGACAGUUUGACAUUUUGUGUGUGGCUAUAAAAACGGUACCCUUGCAAAAGUUAUGAGUGAUCUAAAUUUCUUAUUCUUGUGUACUAUGCAACGUUCAGCAAACCUACGAAAAAUACGGAGAGAGAUGACGAAAAUGCUUUCCAGUGUCCAACUUUUUUUGCAGCACUGUACAUUUUUAAUCAACUUUCCCUGAUUUUAACGGAUGCUAUGUGGGGAAACACUAGUUUAUUAUGUCAUAUAUUUUUGAAAAGAUGUAUUGAGGAUUUUGGUUUUGUUAUUGCACAAUUCACAUGAUUGUAAGCCAUUGUACAACUGUGGAAAACUACUUGAUCAAAGUACUGCUAUGACAUUGGUUUUCAAAACAACAGCCUGAGGAAGCAUUUGGUUGUGUUGCAACAUGAAUUUCAUAUAUUGUUUAUAUGUCUUUAUAAAUAAAACCUAUAUCUAUGCUCCAA